AUGGUAAAGACCGAAAUUCAUGACCGUUCAGUUGAAAAAGAACCUGAAAUGCUUUUAACUAACUCAACUUUGUCACGAGUUAAUACUUACUUUCAAGUGAUAACUGUAAAUGCUUUUAAAUGUUAUCGCUGUUUUUGGCCUUUUCUUUUUGUUGGUGAAGCUUCUUUUGUUGGUAGGAAGCACAAACAAGAUGAGGGAGAAGUUUGGUUCAUGCACAAGUCGAUAGAUAAUGUUAAUAUCCCAUUUCAAAAUUUAAUCACCGUUUCAAUUUCGAAUCUUUCGAGCAGAAAAUACAAGCAAAUUGAUGUUAAUUUCAUGCAGACAGAAACAUUGAAGAAGCUUUUUUGGUGA